GCAUCCCCAAUCGAGGUCGCCUUCACCGACACGUGUGUGUGUGUGUGCGUAUGUGUGAGCUCUCCAAACACGACGGCUAAUAAUACUAUUAUCAUAAAAGAAAGAGAGCAAAAUACGUCUUCGCGCACGACACACGGUGCUCAACAAGCAGUCACGACGCGCCGCAGCACGCACAAUGGAGGAGGCGAAGGCAAUUCAGGAUAAGCUGGACGAGCUCCAGCAGGAAAUGCACGCAAAGGUCGAGGCGUGCGACGUGAAGUUCAACACGGCGAAGAACGCCGUCUUCGCGGCGCGGAGGGAGACGAUUGCGGACUUGAUCGCCAAAAAGCAAGUCCCCGCGAAUUUCUGGGCGCUCGCCCUCAUCCGUCUGCUGCAGCUGAAGGACCGCGAGUCGACGACGAUGCCGCACUUCCUCGGCCCCUACGAUGAGGAGCUGCUGAAGACCUACCUCGAGGAGAUCCGCGUCGAGUACAACGAGAAGGGACACAAAAUCACGCUGCACUUCAAGCCGAACCCCUUCUUCGAGGAGACGCAGCUGUGGGCGGAGGCAGUGGAGGUGAUGGACGCGGAGGACGAAGACGAGGAGGACUUGCCGCCCGUGGAGGAGAGUUGGUCCUUCUCGGGGGUGACGUGGAAGGAGGGCCACGGACCGCGGAUCGCCGACGAAGACGACGAAGACGACGAGGAGGGGGACAGCGAGGAUGACGCACCAGGAAAGAAGCGGACCCACGCUGCUGCUGCUCCUGCCGCUGGUGCUUCGACGGCGUCGUCCGCCGAUGCGAUGCACGGCCCCAGUGUGUUGGAGGUAUUUACCGAAAUGCCGCCGCACCCGGAGGAGGAUGAGGAGCUGGAUGAGGAGGACGAUGACGUCAUGGCGGACGCGAUUGAGGACUGGGAGGCGGAGAUGGACGAUCGCAAGAUGCUGCUGCGUCUCAUCGAGCUGUACAUCCACCACAAUCCUGUGGAGGCGAUUCAGGAGGCCGCUGCCGCGGCAGAGGCAAACGGUGCCGAUGGCGAGACGGCUGCCAAGAAGGCCAAGACAGAGUAG